AGAUCUUGAGGAGAGGAUGACUUCGGGAGAACUAGCUGAAGAUGCUGAAAAUGCUGCACUGUGUCAGUCCUUGGAGACCCUGGCAUCAUUAGCCCGGAAAACCAUCACCUCUGCACUUUCUGCUGCCGAGGAAGCUGCCGUAGUAAUCAGACAACAUGCUGAGAAGGCAUACCAAGCCAUUGAUGCAGGACACGAUAAGAAGGACCUUUUUGCUGCUGUUGCCGAGUUGUCCAACACGAGAGCAGAAGUAAUGAAGACUGCUCAAGAGAAGAUAGCAGCUGCUGGAGGGGCUCUAGAGAAAUUUCAAGAGCAGAUUGCCAGUGGUCUUUCUUCAUCCCUGACUAAGGAGAAUAAGAGUCUGAUUGCUGCUGAAGAAAUUCUAGGAGAACUCAAAUAUGCUUUGGAAAACAUUAAAACCAUUGUAUCAGACUCGGAAAGAGAUAGCAAAGUUGUCAGUAAGUAUUGUGAUCUAUUAACACAGCAGCAGAUAGUUAUGUUCUAUUAUGGGCAGAGCAAGAGGGUGACUGAAGGAAGGAGGGACUUGCAAUAUUUUGUGUGUCACGUACAGAGAGUUGAGAGAUGAUCCCACCUGCUACAG